AGGUGAAAGCCAAGCCGGUGUGUGUCGGUAACGGAUUUCGGUGUAGCUCUGGUGCUAGUUCUUACUGGCUACAUACCUGGCGAGCCUGCCGUGCCCUUCCUCCCGUCCCCGCCCCCUUGCCGGUGUGCGUGCUCGCGGCUCUGGUCGAAGCCUAGGGUAGGGAGACGCAGAUUUGUCAGAACACUAGUCUGUCCAGGUGUGUUCUCCAAAUUGAAAUUGUCUGUAAUAAUACUAAGAAUAAUAAUAGACUUUUACAGGUUGUUUUGUUGUUUUGGUUUUUGUUUGUUUUUUUUCUUUAAAAAAAAAGUUGAUGUGCUUUUAAUUGACUAACUUCUUGCUGCUGUAUAGUAAAAUAUUAAUAUAUUUUUAUCAUUAAACUGCUGCAUGACUAUCAUCAUUACGAGUGAAGAGAAAAUGUUAUACAAAAAAAAGAUGCCUUAAACAGUGAAAACAAAACUUUUUUUUUUUUUUUCCCCUUUUCUUUUCUUGGCUGGAAUUCAGUAGACAGCAUUUCAGAGAAACUAGGAUCUUGUUCCACUCAGUUUUGUUGGGGUGCAAUCAUUUUUCUUGAAGCACUUGGCAAAGUUAGCCGUGGGUUAGACCUGGCUGCUCACCUGUAUGAGCAGGAGCUGCCUGCACUUCUUUACUGGUGGUCAAGGAUGGAGUUUUAGAAAGGGGGGGGAAGGAAGUUUGUUUUAAAGAAUUUUAUUUUCUGCUGUCUUUUUAUUCCCAUUUGAAGUUGUAAUUCCUUUUUUUUUUUUUUUUUUUUGAGAUGUACUGUAAGUGUCAAACGAGCUGUUUCCAUUGUACCAUGCAUUAUUUCCCUUUAAAGAAGUUUGCUGUUAGUGUUCACAGAAAGUUAAAUACGCAAUGCUGGUAGUGAGGUGUUUCUGUUUCUUUUAAACAAUCACUGGAAAUGUUUAAAAUUGCUUUAAUGUGCACUUUCCUAUUUCCCAGUAGUAAAAUAAGCUUUCAGAGUGCGUAAUGUGACAUUUGAAAUGGUUCUCAAUUGCAUGUAAACAUGUGUCUGGUAACCUGCUUUUGGAUCGGAGGCUCUGGAUGGGCAGUUCCAUCGAUUAUUGUACUUCAACUGUGAUGUCUGUGGGACUGCAUUCUUCAUGCUGCUAGACGUAGUUAGGAAAUUAAUUGCUUUGGUUUUGCUACUUGAUUGAUUGUCUCGGUCCUGCUGUUCACUGCCCUCCCCAAAGUUGCGGCGCGGCCGGCGGACGCGGCCCGGCGCUCCCGCUCCCGCGUUGCUUCCCCGGCAAUGAGCGGGAGGCGAGGGCAGCGCGGCCGCGGCCCUGCGCGGCUCCCGGGAGCAUCGCUGCGCGGGCGCUGCUCCCGCUCCUGCGCGGGGUGCGGCUGAGCCGGGGGCGCAGGGGCCGCGCACUUGCAGGCAAACCAGCACAGCCUCCAGCAGCGCGGGGGCAGUUUGGUGAACGGUGCCCGAGAGCUCGUGGUCAGUUCUUGUCUUGUUUUGGGGGUUUCUUCUGCGUGUUUCAUUGGGUUUGGUUGUUUUAUUUUUCCUCUCAUAACACAUGUUAUGUAUGUUCUAGGACUUGAUGAAUGAUCAUAAUGAAAGACUAAAAUGUCUGUAAAGGUUCAGAUUUUGGUUUUGUUUUGAUUUAUUUUUUUGCUUUUUUAAUUUUUUUUUUUUUUUUCCCAGAGGUGCUCGGUACUUUACCAAGGCUCUAGUAUCUCAGUAUUUAAAACAAAGUACAGAAAAUCCUGUUUGAUGUUAGAAGAAAGGUAUAUUUGAUCAUAUGUGUUGUUUUAAAAAAAAGACAGUAUGCUCAAAUGUGCCAAGAUACCUAAUUCCUGAGAAGUAUGCCUUAUAUUUCCUUGAUGAUAUGCUUUUAAAUGUCUUGUAGAACAGGUCCAAGAGCAUGGUAAAAACUACUUUAUAAUGAUUACGUGCAAGAAAACUUGAAAUUCAUCGCAAUACUGACAUUAUUUUAUUUUUAACUUAAAGGGACACUGUCAAGUAAUUUUCCAUUGAAAUAAGUGGUUUUAUGCUAACAGAGAAAUGUCCUCCGAGUUCAAAGUCCUUAUUUUUUUGUUGUUGUUGAAAAAAAAAAGUAACAUUGCUGUGUCUCUGAGACAUUCAAUUAAAAAAAAAAAAAAAAGAAAAGAAAAAGAAAAAAGGAAGCAGAAUGAGCUGCUGUUGAUUCCUGCCUCUUCUUUGUGGUCCCGCUUGGGCUGCUGCUGCGGGAGGCAUCCAUCCCCGCCGGGAGGCAUCCAUCCCGCAGCCGCAGGCCCCGUUCCGGAGGGCGCUCCGGCCGCGGUGCCGGGCGGGCCGGUGGUCCGGGCGGUCCGGUGGUCCGGGCGGGCGGCAGCCGCGGGGCCGGCGAUGGGCAACUCGGCGCUGCGCUGCGGGCGGGACGCUGAGCCUCCAGCCAGGCGUACCCGCGGGCUUGGAGAGCUUUCUUAUUAUUUUUUGAGAAUUCAAUUAAAAACAAAACAAAACAAAACACAACGACGGGAAAAGAGAGAAAAAAAAAAAAAAAAAAAGGCAAAAAAAAAAAAGAAACUUGACAGUGUCACUUUCUUGCGUAUCCCGUGCAGGGGUUGAAGUGCGCCUGUCGGGCGCUGGCUGAGGGACAGUCCGUGGAGGGGCUGCCGGGGCCGGCACAGACCCUCCCUUCGGGCCAGACAGAAAGCUGCUGCUGGUUUUAACCCCUGCUCAGAGCCGAGCAGAUAACUUCUUUUUUUUGGGAGCAAUUACUUUGUUGCCUUUAAAAAUAGCACUGUAACCACCUUUUUUUAUGAUUAGCUGUAGUGUAACCUUUGUCCCUUCAAACUAUGCAAGCUAUGAAAUGUAAAUUAGGGAUCAGUUAAAAAUAGUUGAUUAUAUUCGAUCAGAUGGCAUUCGUGCACUAACUGGAGUAUAUACAGAUAAAGCUAUUAGAGUGACUUGUAUGCUAACAGCAAGAUAUAAAAUACCUACCUAUUUGAAAAAAAUUACUAUUAAUAUUGUAUAACAGGACUGUGGGGGUUGGGAGGGAAUGUUAUCUCUUACCUUCUUAAAAGGGGAUUAAAGAUUUUUAUAACUGUUUUUUCCAUCAAACUUUAAUAUUUUUGUCAAAUUUUUAGGUAUUUAAUUUGUAAAAUAGAUUUUACUUUGUACUGGCGUACAGAAAAUAGGGGUUGAUUUAAACUUUUUUGAAGCCAAGUGAUCAAGUACAUUUGUAAUAAAAAGUCAAUGGUUCUAUAUCAGUCGUACUCACUGUUUUCAUUUCUUGUACGUUCUAAUGCAGUGGUGCUGUAUGUCUCCCAAGGAAAAAAAUUGGGGAGGUGGGUGGAAGGAGAAUGCAAAAAUGUCAGCAUUGCUGCUGCAAAAUGAUGACACUUCCUGUAUGCAAGUGGCCCGUGGUCAGUGGAGAUUUGGUAGAUAUGCAUUUUUACUAAAAACAUGGUGCACUUUUUCAAGAAGGGUUUCUAAAAACCUGAUGUUUUUGGCAUGUCUUCACUUCAUGCUUCCACCUUGGUGCCCCUAAACUCUAAAACCACCCUUUGGGAAGUUCCCUGGUAUGUGAGAAAAACAAAGCCAAACAAAGAAAAACUGAUUUCUUCUAAGGUGGUUGAAUUAAAGCACGUUACAUUUUUGCACCCUCACACUUUGUAUCCCUUCCUCAAAGGUCUGCCACUUUCAUCUUUUCUCCAAGUUCAACAGGUUAAACUUUUGGCUUGUUGGUUUUUUUUAAUAGCAAAAUUGCCAAGUUUUGGAUUGAAGGCUUCAGCAGAUCCACUGAGUUUGGAUCCAACACUGCAGAGCACUGAUAUAAUUUUUUUUUCGUUUGCUUGUUCACUUUAAACACAGACCUUCCAUUUCCCAUUCCAGUCAUAUACCAAAUCUGAUUGACUUGUCUGUGGCAGAAGUUGUGGGAGCUAGAAGUGGAGAAAUUCUGACAUUAAUGUACAAGAAUGCUAAAACAGGUUUACACUUUGGGGGGCUCUUGUCAAGCACAUAAAAUGUAACUAGAACCAACCGAUUUCCUGGGUUUUGCUAGUCCAAUGGGUUAGAAAACAAGUCUCCCUUAGAUGAGUUGGAAAGAAGGCAGCAAAAGCAAGUUCUUCCCAACUAUGCAAUUUGGUCAUUCAAAAACCUGCUGCUUCGUCCUGGCUUGGGUUGCUUUGUGAGAGGCAGGGCUCUGCCUAAAGCGCUUAAGUUACUCAGUUAAGACGACACUGUUGAGAAUUUUUUCUAUUUAAUCGCAAAUUUCAAAUACUGGUUUGCAGGAUUUAUUUUAUUUUAUUUUAUUUUUUCCUUUACUUUGCUUUGCUUUGCUUUGCUUUGCUUUUUGUCAGGCUUCCAGAAAUGUUCCUUUUAUUUUCUUACUGCACUCCUCUGCUGGCUGCUUGCUCCUUGUUAGCUCAGCUUGUGUAACUGAAUGGUCACUGUUCGUGUUGGUGUUUGGACUCUCUGGAGUCCAGUGUAGUUCUCGUGCUGGGCUUUUUUGGUUUUUGCACUUGCACUUCUCUCCCUAGAAGUUUUACUUUUCUUCUAUAAUACGUGAAGAUAGGUGAAAGGAUCUGAAUAUUUGGUAGCAGAAUAGAUAAAUGAGCUGCAUGCAAAGUGUUGUCAAAAUGUUUUGACAAAACCGACAAGGUAAACAAGUGAGUUCCAUUUUUCUUCUUGAUUCCUUCUGCUGUUGCCAUCUCCUGAGCUUCUUGCAACAAUGAAAGAUAAUUUCAGCCCAAAGCUUUUUUUCAAGCCUGUGGUUCCUUUUACUCUGCUCACUUGCAACAUGAUUUAGCUCGCUGGCACCGCAAAACGUCGUGUGUGGGUUGCAGUCAUGGCAAGGAGAUAUGUAUAUAUAGUUUAAAGCUAGUUAGGGUUAAUAUAAACGGACUUCCAAAAUUACAACCUUUUUAAAAAGCCUGUUUUGACCAGAGCCUAAUCUUUGGACCUGAACUCCACAUUUGUUUUUUUUCUCUUAAAUGGGAUCUCUGGUGUUAAAACGACUGAGGCUGAUGGCCUGAUGGCACAGGCAGGAUGCUCCUCUUGUGUGGCAGCUGAAGUUCUGCUGGAGACGGGCUCUGCUCUGCUCCCAUCAGCGAUGCUGCCUCCUUGCUUCCGUACAACUCAUGCCAGGUGGUCUUGGUCCUCUCUGGGAGUUUCUUUUAGUAUGUCUAUCCUUUUUUUACUUUUUGUCUUUUCAAAGCAUGUUAGUUCCAGAUGGGACUGUGUUUUAGCAGCGCUGCAGUCUGGGGGGAAGUCAGUCCAUGCAGAGGUCCGCAGUGCAUCACACUUCUUGCAGAGCCCCGGUGGACUCUGAGGUGUUACUGGGCCGUGUGUUUCUUGUUGUUAAUACAGGUCCAAACAGCUGUAGAUAGCAGAGAGAACUAAACACCAAAUCACCUGUUUUUAGGGGUUCACAGAGUUACUUCUCCCCUGGCAUACUGAAUAUUUUAUUUUAAUUUGCAUGGUAUAAAUUUGCUGCUGAAGUACAUCAGAAGGGAAGGAAUGAGAAGGUUGCAUUUGGGGUGCCCUCCCUCAGUCAGGCAUAGUGCUGUUGUCACUGACAAAGAUGUAUCCUGAGCUGGGUGAGAGUUUGUCCAAGGGAAGAAGCUCCCAGCAGUCACCCCAGAGGAGGUGUUGUCCAUCCAGAGGGUGGGAACAGGCUUCCAGAGCAAGAGGGGUCUGGGAUAGGCUGGUAGUGGUGGAUGACCAAGGUAGGCCUAGGCCACCACUGGAGUGCUUCAGGUAUGAGGGAUGGAGGGAAGUGCUGCUACUCAUGGAGGAGCCAGGGGACAGCAGCUCUGGCAGACCCUUUGUCAGGGGGAGCCAAGAGGUAUUGGGCAGCUGGUCCCAAGGGAGCAUGGGGAGUGUGGGGCUGGGCUCCCUGGUUGCGCCAGCUCUGCUGGUCCCAUAUUUGCAAUUUAGUGUCUGCAUGUGGCUGAAGAUAGACAAACAGUUGUGAUUUUGGGAAGAGUCAGAGCAUGUCACACCUGCCUCUGUAAAAGUAAUAAACAGAUGUGUAGCCUGUUUGAGGCAAAAUAUUGCAUGAGAGGGAGAGUUGAAUUCAUACAGUGAGGAAUGAGACAUGUUUGCAUAGAAAAAUGUCAGCUGAAGGUUAAGUGAAAAAAGAUAGAAGACUUCUGGCCUCACUAUCUGUAUUUCGAGUGUUGACUGAUUAAAACAAGGCAGAGUGAAUGGCUGGAUAUUGCUGAACAAUGCUUUACUGUCCUCCUGCGGAUCGAUACCACUGGCGCUCCUUUGCCUGGAGAGGGGAUCUGGACCUGGGGCUUUUGCUCUGGAGGACACCAGGUCCAGCUGAGAUGGAGCCCUGCUCAGGCUGGCUGUAGGCUUUGCCUGUUUGUGGAUAUUGUCUCAUUUUGGAUGACCAGGACCCUGCACCAGAUGUCCUAGGAGUCAUGGCAGUGUCUGACGUAGCUUCACAGCUUGGGUCAGGCACAUCCUGCAGUGAAGUCCUCUGCUGUCCCUACAGAAUGUACCUGUGUUUUCUGUUUAACUAAGCCAAGAGACAAGCUCUACCAACUGGUGGGCCUUAGGUCUGUUAAACAGAGCUAGAGCUUGUGGGCAAGUAAAAUCUCCAAAACUGAUAACGCGACUGUUGGGUCCUGAGCUGUCCUUUGCUGUUGAACUUGGCUCUGGCUGUACUGAUUGGUCAUGUAGAUGUAGCCCCAGAUAAAAGAGAAGAUCAUCUGUGUAGAUGGCUGGCCAUUUUUGCAUGUUAUUGUCAUGAGGCUUAGGUUUGUGACAUGUAUCAUACUUCUUCUUUCUGGAUCAGCUGGCAGCUCUGAGACUGCUUGCCUUGGAUAGGGAACUUCUAGAUCUCCCCAGCAGGUAACUUGGUCUUAAUUUGGAUAAUUCGUUGGAUUUGCUGUCAUCAGUUGGUUUGCUGUCCAUCCUGACAAAAUACGCACCUUAGCCUUUCCCUAGGCUUAGGCCACGUGGGAGACUGAAGUUAAGAGGACUGACAGCAAUGCUGGCAGUGGGAGUUUGUGCUUAGCCUUCUUGGCGGUGGCACAGAAAGGUUGGUUUUUUUCUUGAAAUAUGCAGGAAGCAAAGAAAAGCUUCAUUCUUUCUGUUGCAAAUCGGGAGAGGUGAGAGGUGUGGAGUUACACCUGCAGCAUUGAAGGAUGUACUCCCUUGGGUAGUGAGACCUUGGAGGGAGGUGGCUGUUGUGGGAAUUGCACUGAAGGCCUUGGAGAUGUUUAGACAGCUUUUCAGGGAAAAACCUCUACACAGUGAAAUACCAUCCCGGUCAGCAUGUUGAUUUCAAUGGAGGUCUGCUCUUAAAGGUGGCUUCCAAACAGCACCUGGAUCCCCAUGACCAUAUUGGCCCAAAUGGGUUUGAAUUUUGUACUGGUUGUGGUGCAGGGGCCGUGUGGCAGUCCCCAUGGGUGACCAUCUUGUUGCAAGAGAUCGUGUGGCAGUGUGAGAUGGCACUGUUGUGCUUGUGGGAAGGUCUGGGAGCUAAGCCUGGGCUCUUGGAGAUAUUAUCUGAAGUGGACUGAUGCGCAGUUGCUGGAGAGUGGGCUUUGGGACUGCGAGGACACAUGAACUGUGGGUCUCUGCUGUGGGGCAGACACCUCCUGUGGUGUUUUCAGCUCCUCCGUAUCAUCAGCUAUUCUGAUGUGGCUGGUGCUGAGAGGAAGCUGCAACUUCAUGGGGUGGCUGGAGGAGGUUAAGUCUGUGUAAGAUACUCGCCUGGAUCAUUUAUAUUGCUGGAAGUUGAGGGUGGAGAAAAUGAGCUGUAGCAAUUUUUUUCAUUUCUGAUGAAUGUCUUUUUGUGCAACUCAAGCUCAAAUCACGGGGUGCUCAUAAUACCUGCAGCACUCUCCAUCUGGUAUGUUAGACCCAGGCAAAGAUGGGGAUGGGUUUUGUUCUUCUGACUUGGAGUAGAAAGGUUCACUGUUGUGUCCCAGAGUGCAGGGCAGCAUUUGGGCAGGACAUCUCUGAACAGGACAUCUCAGAGUAGCACUGCCAUUUGAAGGUUAGCUGCCUUGGUUUGAGGGACUUUCUCUCCCCCCAGGUUGGCCUUGCUGUAGAGUUUCUCUAGGGAAUAUGUUGCAUUUCUCCCUGCUCUGUCCUGGUUGCGCGAUAGUUUGUGAGUGCGAUGUCAGCUGCUGGCUUUAUUGUAUGUAGUCUCCUGAGGCUUGGAACUUGCUAUUCCUGGGCUUGCCUUUUGCUCAGGCAUUUAGUAUGAGCAGAGGAGCUCAAACCAGCAGCUUCCUGGAAGUGUGCAUCAGCACUGUGGUGUCAGCUGAUCCAGACUCCUCAAGACUCACCUGGGGUGAAGAGGUGGGCUCUGGGUUUUCAAAGGCCGGCCUCUUCCAAGUGCAGCAAGUCCAGCUGUCUCACUUCUAGGCAAACUGUGAAGGCUUGCUGAUCUGUCACUUCAAGAAAUGCUGGGGCCAGGAAGCAUGGAUAAAGGAUUUUGUGAAAGCUGGUAUUUAAACCUCCCACUCAAGUGAUGCUGAGGAGAGCUGGCAAUGUAGCAUUGGCUUAUCAGGAACUGUGUGGGCAGGUCAACUUAAGAAUACUUUCUGUGAGCAGCACCAGAGGUGAAGAAGAGAAGCCAGUGUCUUGUCAAGUACAGAGUUAUAAAUGGGGUUAAAAUUUCUUUUUAUUUAAAAGAUUGUUUUAUUUAAAUAAGAAAUGACAAUAAGAUGACCGUUGCUGGGGGUGCUGAAGGGCAACUAGGCAGGUCUCUGAGCAAAACAGGGACUAGAGAAUUUGAUUUAUAUUCUAGCAUUAAUAAUACUGAGCUAAGCACUGUGAAUUGUUUAGUCUUGAGAAGACUAAGAGAGGACCUUAUUAAUGCCUAUAAAUAUCUGAAAGGUGGAUGUCAAGAAUGGACCAGUCUAUGUUCAGUAGUGCCUGUGAUAGGACAAGGGGAAAUGGCACCAAGUGACAACACAGGAAGUUCCACCUCAACAUGAGGAGAAACUUCUUUCCUGUGAGGGUGAGGGAGCCCUGGGACAGGCUGCCCAGAGAGGUUGUGGAGUCUCCUUCUCUGUAGACUUUCAAGACAGGUCUGGACACGUUCCUGUGUGAUUUUCCCUAGGUGUUCCUGCUGCAGCAGGGCGGUUGGACCUGAUGAUCUUCAGAGGUCCUUUCCAACGCCUAUGAUUCUAUGAUUCUGUGAUUAUAUGAAUUCAUGUAGUUGUCAUCUCUGCUUUCAUGCAUGCCAGCAGUGUGGUUUGUGGAUAGGUCUUUUGACAGUGCUGUGUUCAGAGGCUCAUUCAAUCUCAAAAAAAAAUUUGGCUUCAGAGCUGCAGCUGUUAGUAAAAAUCCUGGUAAAUGACUCCAUGCAGGCUCUUGCAAGGUCAUGUGUAACUUAUCUUGUCCAAUGAAAGUCUCUAAUUGGUGGUUUAAAGUAAUUUUAAAAAAUGAUCCAUUAACAAUCAGGCUGGUUUUGGUUUAAAGAUGGACUUUAUAUGGUCAUAAAGUAAAAAUCUUAGCUGAAUUAUGGGAAUUGAAGAACAUUGGCUUAACUGCACUAGGAACUACACACGAGUGCAGAGGACACACUUUAGGACUUGUUAUCUUCUGAUAAAAUACUAUACAGUGCAACCAAGCUCCAUAAAGCCUCUUGCAGCCAAAGUUGCUGAGCUGGUAGAGAUGGCAUUAAAUCAUCCAUAGAUGGUCCAUCCUCAACUCAGCACUGGUUGCCUUGUCUUUUAUUUUUGCAAACUUGACUUGCAACUGGACAGGAUUAAAGGUGUGAUUUAUAAUUUAAUACUAAAGCUUUGGUUAAGGAGCUGUUCUGUCUUCUGGAGAUGCCUCCAGAAGCUCAGUAAGUAGCUCUGGGAGGUUUGGAUGGCAGAGGAUGUGAUUGUGGGAAAUACAGUCUCUGCUCUUGAUGACUAGGAGAUCCAUCUGACAAGUUGGCUGUUGAGUGGGCAAAUAGAUCCUGGAAGAUAUCAGAGUACCUGGAGAAAGGCUGGGGCUGUUGUCCUUGAAGUAGAGAUACUCUGGAACCUAAAUUUUGGUGCCUGAGAAGACAGAAUUUAGGACACAGCAUUAUCUUGUCCUGAAGUCUUCAUGCAUGCUGGGGAAAGUGGUAGGAAGGGUAUGAUGAACAGGUGAAGUUAGGAGUCAUGACUUCGCAGUGCAGGCUGGUUUCCACUUCAGUGAAGUAUCUGCACACUGGUGGCACAGAAAGUGGGCAGGGUUUCAGGAGGAUGGACCAAACACAGCGCAGUGGAAGACUGAGACUGUCAGGGUUUGGGUGAAGGCACUGAACAAGACAUCCAGGAACAAAAACAGGUGCCUAUGUCUCCUGGAGGGCAAGGGGUGACUUUUCAGUGGGGGGUAUGAGGGUCUUGAGAGCAGAGUCAUGUACGCAGGAGGAGCAACCAGCUGUUGGGGAGUGGGUUGGGAUGAGGUAGGGACAUGUGGUCCAAGCAAGAGAAAUAUCUGUAUACCAGUGUGGAAACAUGAAAUGUUGUAGCCUGCUCAACAGUGUAAAAAGACCUUGGCAGAGCUAAUCUGAUUGAAAUGUUGUGGAGGGUGACAAAAAUCAGUAAGAUACGGCAUUACCUGCCAUCAGACUACACCAGACAGGCAUGCUAGGUCAUAAAGGUGUGAAGAAACACAAGGUAUAAAAAGUUACUGUAAAAUCUGAGAGGGCAUUGGAGUAGUGAUGACCACACAGCCAAAUUUCUAUUAGAUAUAAAUCCCAUAUUUUAAUGAUACAGAGGUAUUAGGAAAUUUUCUGUUUCAGAGGAGAAGAAGGUUAUGGAUUUCAGAAGGCUUGGGAGAAAGCCAGGCUUUUACAUCUUCAUAAACCUGUAGGAAAAAUAAAUUGAAGUAUGUCCAUGCUAUCUGGCUGGAUUGUUUGGGAAGGAACUGGCUAACAUUUUGGUGAACAUUUUUAUUUACAUAAAGGAUCAUUUCUUGUAACAGCAUGGUAUAGAGAUACCCUUGAUUUAGGACUAAAACAUAAUAAUUGUUUCAAGGUAUAAUUACUGUUGAGUCAUUAAAUAUCAGUGACCACAGUACAAUAACAGGUUCAGCAUCUUCAGGGGUGGAAGGCACUGGACUAAAAAUGAGUCUGGUGUUAUAAAAUAUUGCAGGGGAGAAGAAAAAUAAAGUCCUUACACUUGUCAAGGCGGCCCCAUAGAUACCUGGAAAGGUUACAGAUGUCCGAGUUAGGCAGAGGUCUGUCAUGAAGGAGCUUCAGAGCUGAAGUAGAAAUAAAUUACAAAGUAAAAUAGUCAUAAAGAAAGAGUCUUCUGGAGUCCAUCUAGACUCCAUUGAAAGACAGAAGUCCAGUCUUGUAAAGAGGACUGAAAGAGCCACGCUGUGUGGCAGGUAACCCAUGAUCUGGAAAUAAAGCAGUUUAGAAGGAGCUUUGAAGAGCCGGGACCUAAGGAGCAAAUGCUAUCUGAAGUGUAUCAGAGGGAAAGCUGGGGAGAAAACCUGAGAGUGCAGGAUUGAAGGCACAGUUUUCUGCACUAUUUCAUACUACUUAAGCGCUUUCUCUGUCAUUCUGGAGCACAGGACAUGUUUGAGAGCCUACCUUUUGGAUGGUAAGGAUAACAAUACCACCUUUUGGAUGAUAAAGAUAAAGGAGGCACUCUCUGAAACUCAAGCCAAGAUGCUUGAGCAAAGUAGUAAAUUCAGGUGGAAGAGCAACAAGUGUACCUAUGAGUUUUAAAAGAGCUUGAGAAUGAAAUGCUGAAGUUACUAGGAAAAAUAGGGCUGUUAAAAAAUAGCGUAGUAUUCUCCAUGACCAGGUAACAUCCUAAUGUCAGAUUAUUAGUUUUUUAAUUAAAUAUUAAACAGGCUACUGGGAGUUGCAGAUCAGCAACCCUGAUCUCCAGUUUGAGAAGGAGAAACUGAAAUGCUGUAACUCUUCAAUAAUAGGUUGAAAGCACCAUACUUUCCUCAGAGAAAGAGGGUUGGACUAGGUGGUUUUUGAAGGUCUUUUCCAACCCACACUGUUCUGUGAUUCUAUGAUCAGUCUUAUUUCCAGGGUGAUCUACCAGAAUCCUUGACCAUGCUGACAAACAGAAGGAGGUGGAGAAUCAAUUGGUCUUGAUUUGGAUGUUUUUAAAAUUUUUAAUUGAGUCCUUCCAAGAAGGUAUUAAAAAACUGUGCUUGUAGUGAGAUAAAUAUAAUGGAGUCCUUCUUUGGUUGCAGCCAAUGUUGAUCACCUGGGCAGCACAAAGUAGACAAAAGUCUAGUUGUAGUUGGUGAUUGAAGGCUUCUAGGUCUGCAUCUUGAAUAGAUCUUCAGCCUUUGAGCAGAUGAUUUUCCUCUGGAAAAUACUGAUUCCUUCAAACCAAAGUCACCAGGUGGAGAAGGGUUGAUGGUCAUUGAACUUUUCUGGUGAGCACAUUGAAGUUGAGGCUGAAAAGUCUCGUUGACUAAAGAGAAACAAGCCCAGAAUACUGGGUAACAUGACAUGUAGAUUUCUCCUGUGAUGUGACACCCCCAGUUCAAAUUCCACCUGAGCUUGACUUGCAGGUCUGCUGGAUCCCAGAGCGUGCAUCUGCAACCAGUAUGGUGGAUAUGUUCUGGUUUAUUUUGGUUUUACUAAGAAAAACCUAAAAGCUUUUGCUUGUGACAAUGGAUAGAAAGGGAAGGAGUGGCGAGAGAGGUCCGGUCAAUAUUUUCCAGGUCUCAUCUAGCUCUGUUCUUGAGGGAGGGUUUUCUCUGUGUGUGUGUGUGUCUGUGUCUGUGUGUGUGUGUGCGUGUGUGUGUGGGCAUGUACAGACCUGUGUUACCACUCUUCCCAAGAGACCUCAGAGGACCUGUAGCUAACUGCAGUGAGCCCUUUGCUGCUCCAGCUUAGUUUUAGUCUUCUUAAAAGUCUAGAAGUUGUGGCAAAUACCCUUGCUUCUCCCACCUUUCCUGUCUUCAGCAGCUCAUGGUGCCAAAGAGUAAGUGCUUUGAUAAAUGGUUGGAUUUUGCAGUAGGGACAGGUUAAUGCACGUACCUCAAGGCUUUUUGUUAGUGUUUCAAUGUAAGAAUUGGCAACUGAAAGAGCAGAGUGGUUGUUUUAUACCAGAGAAGUGACUUCAGUUUGGCAAUAACUGGAAAAUUUGAAAAAGCAUGUUAAGGUCUGGUACUGUGAGCAUGCAGUGAUGGGGCUGACUGUGGGAAAUGCAAGAUAAUAGGCGGGGGGGGGAAAAGCUGUUUUAAUGCUCCGAAAGUAUUGAUAGGCUUGGAGUGAUGUGCUCACUCUGGAGGAAAUGAAGGUAGCAAAUGAAGGGGUGUAGGCUGCAUGGAAAUACCCAUGUGUUACAGACCCAGGUGCUGCGGUCCAAGAGGCAGCUGUGCCUGAGCUCCCCCUCUGCUCUUUUCCCUUGGCAUCUUGGUGGUCAUCACUGACACAACCAUUGCCCCUCCCCCUAGAUGUACUAAUUUCAUCAGAUUGCUCAGUUCUAGUUAAAUUAUACCAGCUGACUUUGAAGUACUUAAUAUAAAAACAUUGUGGUAUGCUUGCAUGAUAUUUAUUUGAUGUAAGAAAAAAAAUCUCCAGAGCUCUCUAGGAAUUUGGGCUUUGAGUUUCAUUGGGGAGUGUUGUACAUACCCAACUGCAUGGGAUCAGGCCCAUCUCUUUUUAAACAUGUAUCUUACAUCUGAGAUUAGAAACAUUCUAUAAAACAAAUCAGAAGAUGAAGUUGUCUGUUACAGGCUCAGAUGAUGGUAGCGAUGUGCUAAAGGCUGUUCAUCCACAUAGAAAACUGCACGGUUGCUUCUGUUUUAACUACUGUCAAAAGUCUGGCAUUUUGGUAAUAGUAUUUUUUUCUAGAUGUACUGAGUAUACUUGCCUUUAAAUCCUCUUAGGUACAGAUAAUUGUUGUUGGUAUUCUGUAAAUUAGCUCUAUACUAACAUUCACAUUGAACUAGACUUAAUAUUGUGAGCAUCAAAGAUGACUUGAAAAAGGAAAAUUAAUUUAUACCCUUUCAAUGCAGUUCUGCCCUGUAUAGGGGGUUAUUUGUAGAAGUACCAGGAAUGCUACAUCUGUCUUCCCUCUUUUACUUGCUGUGUGAUUCUCUGCAGGAGAACAUAGAGAUUUAAGUCUCUUUUCCAUCCACUGGAGACACUGAGAUACUAUUGCAGUGAGGUCCCUGGAAAUACCUAGAUAAACCAGAGCAUGAUGCAGAGGUCAAGCAUCUUUUUCAUUUAUUUUUCCUUCUGCUGUCAAUCAGGCCUCCACACACUUUUUGCUUUUUUUUUUUUUUUUCCCAAAAUAUAAAAAAGUUAAAAUGUUUGAGUAAAAAUCCCUUCCCUCAUUAGUUUGGUGGGGUAUCCUCUAAUACCAUAGGUCUGUUCAGGCUGGAUUAUUUGGGGUCUUCCAGAAAAUGUAGAUGGGACUAGAAUUAAUAAUGCCCAAAAGCUGCCCAUGGCAAGGGAGGGAAAUUCUUGUUUUCAAGACGAAAGCCAUCUGGACCCUUUUCAGAGCCCCACAGCACACCACAAGGGUAUAAAUACCUACUUUUUCUUUUCCAGGUGAUCUUUAGGGCCAGGUAGCAGUGGGCAGGGUAAGUCUGCCUGUGUGGAUGGGACAGGGGUCCUGCCCUGCAGAUUUGCCCUGCUUUGGCAUCACACCCGGUGGUUUUUAGGCUGGGCUUUUAUCCUCUGAGCCAGCUCAGCCCCAGCACAGCCAGCCCGGGAGGCGCCAGUGCUGUUUGGCACCCGCUGUUCCACGUCCCUUGCAUCCUCACGGGUACCAGAUCCUUGCACCUCCACGGGUGCUGCUGCCGGCGCGUCGCCCAGCCCCUCCUGUGCGUUUAGAGAGCUACAUGUUGUUGGCUUUCACUGUGUCCUCAAUUUUGAUCUCCAGGGCAGAAAAAUUAGGACUUUCUCAGUUAAAGGAAAAACAAAGCGAAGCAAAACCUCUGGAGAAUGGUGUUUCCCUGCAGUAGUGAAGGCCCUCCACCACCCUCUUCCAUUCUGCUGUCACUCCUGGUUUGGUUCUGCUGGGUUUUUAGCCAUCUUGACCUCAUGUUUGCAAAUAUUAUUGGUAAUAUAAUGCUCUAUGUACAAAUGUCUGUGUGGCUCAUGUGUAUGUUUCUGUGGUUCAAGUCAGCCACAGACUUCUGGAAUUUCUUUGUACUUUGGUUAAAUGUUGGACUUCUAACUCUUCAACUGUAUGGCUUUUUGAUUUCUCUUGUCCAAUGUGGACCAAGUCUAUUUUUGGAAAUAAAUAAGCAUGUAAAUAAAAUGAAUGGGUUUAUGCCACUUAAAAGAAAAUGCUUUAUUUAAAAUAUACACUCAGUCUUGUAUAUUUUGUGGUAUCUCAGGGAGUGGACAAGGCUCAGGCACCAGCAGCCUUGGCAAUGAGAUACCAUGUUAUGUACAAAUUCAUUUCCAUGUGGUUUCAGAAGAAAACUUUUCAUCUCCUGAGCCAAACUCCUGUAGGACCAGCCUGGUGGAGGAGGGGGGGGAAAUCCAGAAAGAAACACGUAGUUAAGGAAGGAAACAACUGUUCUCUCAACACAAGGCUUCUGUUUUGAGGUGUCCGGGUGCCCAAGAUGCUGCUGAGUGUAGGGAGGCUGUGGGGCAGUUCUCAGCUUCUUCCCAGGAGCACAUGGAGAUCGGGAGCACGCUGACUUUCUUUUUUCUUUUUUAACUUAUCCAUAUAAACCAAUAUUUACCAGUAAUCCUAUAUCUCUUUUUUGUUUGUUUUUUUUUUGGCAGACUUUUACCAGUAAAUAUCGGUUUAUUCCUGAAACCAGAAGCCCUAAACAUACCUUUGUUUAUAAGUUUUCCUGCUCUGCAUCUCUGGGAACUGGAGCCCACAGGACCUAGAGCCUUCUGUUGGUAAUGUAGACCCAAGUUUACAAAUUACUCUUUUACCAUUUUAAAGCCUGCUUGUAAGGACAGAGGUGUUCCCAGCUGCCCACCAUGGGGCCUGGUAGAAACCCCUGCAAAUACAUAAAUUGCUUCACCUCUCCAAAGCCUGCGGGUAGGUCUCCCGUAAGCAUCUUCAGGCCUGGGGCUGAGAAAAUAAUUUAGCCAAAAAUAUACACUAAAAAUAAUGCCAUUUCUGUUUUACAGUGUGCAGGACUGGGGGAGGGAAGGGCAGGAAAGGAAUUUGAAAAGGUUUUUUUUUCCCUUAAUUUUUUUCUCAUUUACUGCUCAAAAGCAAGCAUGACCUGGGGAGGAGGGAGAGACUUUGAUUGUUGCCCUUCCUGAACUCAUUGUAAAUUCUUCCUCCAAUGCUGAGAGAAAGGGCAAGUAAAAGGUCUGAUCAUUAAAAGGACAUUGCUAGAUGUCUGGGACCCCAAAAGCAGCUGGAGCUUUUUAAUGAUGGGAACCAUUUUAGGUAAUUUUUUCAGAGUUUCGGUUUAUACCAAGACAAACAGACUUGGGAGUUGUUUUUUUUUCACAAGUGUUUGUGACCCAAAACCAACAGUGUUAUGCUAAUGCACAAGAAACAGAGAAGCUGGUGAGGAGUAGAAAAUUAAGGAGCACCAGUGGCUAAUUUCCUUCUAAUGAACCCAAAAGCGAAAUUUUUUGCAGUUUUUGAGUGGAGAUCGAAGCUCCUGCAGCCUUAGUUGGAGUCCAGACUGAGGGGAGCCCUUCCAGCUGUGCACUCUGAGCUGAAAACUACCUUUCCUCCCCUUUUGCAGCCUGUGUGGUUCUGAUUGCUGGCAGUUCUGUAGUACAACUUUAAUCUGAGCAAUUGAGGCUGGUCCUACAUUAUCUUCAGACGUCUUGCGGAGGACUCCUGUUACCAGUUUGGUUCUCAAAAGCUACACCCCAUCAUCAGAAGCCACUUAUUUUUUUCAAAGGCAGUAACAGAUUACCCUCUCUAGCUCUAAUGGAAAAAUGAUAAUUGCAAUGCAACUUUCUAAUAAAUUGUUCAUAUAUUCAUAAUUCCAUUGCAAUCCCAAAUUGGAGAAGAGAUGUGUUAAAGGUAUAUAUUAGUCUAGUUUUUUUCUUAUUGUAAAUACUGUAAUUUUAUAAUACUGUCAAUAUUUUAUUAACUUAGAAAUAUUUAACAGAGUUUAAUCUAUGGUAGUUGAUUUAUUUAGAGGUUUAUGUUGCAGCCAAUAUUGCAUUACAUUCUAAUGUAAGAUUAACUUGCAGCAUGUAAACAUUGUUUUAAAAUAUGAUUGGAAAGAUGAAGAGAGAAAACUCUCCUAGUCUGUACUACUUAUCCCCCAAUUCCCAGUUUUAAGUUAUUUAACUAAAUAUUAGGAGGUUUCAAGAUCUCCUGAAUUUAACAACUCUGGUUGGGUUUGAAAACUGGAAUUUAGAGAUGCACUUGGCUCUUUCACCCUGUAACACGUUUGCUUUGCUGUCUAAUCUAUGCAGUACGAAGCCUGUCUUUGGAGCACAGGGACAUGUCAGAUCGACUGGAGUCUUGUUCAGGGGGGAACUCAACCCUGGUGCAUGUGUGUUAAUUCCUUUUCAAACGCAAUGGGGGGGGAAAUGCUUUCCUGGUUGGUCUGUGUGUUUGGCUGGAAGCAUUCCUGCUGCCCUUUGCAUCCCUGCGGCCGGAGCAGGGUGGGAAUCCUGGCUGCUCCGAGGAGCUCCUAGGCCUGGCGAGAGAUCCCAACGGUGCCGCCACUGCCCUGGCACCUGCUGCAGCCAGAGCUCGGUGAGAUGGGUGGAAGGGCACAAGGCCUAAAACUUGCCCGUUUUUUGACCCAAGUUGUUUUUUUUCUUUUGUUUAAAUCUCUCUCUCUCUCUUCUAGCCUGAUGAUGUCCCCUUAACAGCAUAAUGAUGUUCACAUUCUCUGCAAAAUCACUAUAUGCUGUUUUCUUUUUAAGGCAGGGGAUAAUUGGGCUGUAAGAUGUUUGCAACAUAACCUGCAUAAAAAUACCAAAAAAUUAUAUCAAGGGUUUUCACAGGAGUUGGUAAUUUUUGAGUGUAAAAGUUAAUCUUUAUUAGAGAUGUGCCAAUCUAUACUGCUUUGUUGUAGUGUUGUUAAACUUAGGCAUUUCAGUUACCUUACGAAUAUAUACUGUAACAGUAUACUUUGUACAGAUUUAUUUAAAAUUUAUUUGAAAACUGAAAUAAAGUAGGCAGAAAAUAAAGAUAUUUAUUUUUCAUUUGAUUAUGUAAGAAGGUAUCAUUCUUUUGAUUUUAGUGCACUGGUGUACCAAGCCUCAGAACCACUGCUUUCUCCAGCUCAUAGGAUGCUUUUCCAAGACUGUGGAUACGUGUAUGUGUACUGCUGUGUUGAUAAGUAAAUGUCAACGAUGGAGUUCGUUGCUUUUAUACAUCCCAAAGAGAAGUUCUCCACCCUUCAUUUUCUGUUUUCUGACCGAAAAGGCGUGUGUUUGUGAACAGAGUUCAGGCGAGCUCUGCCAUCCCUCCCUCACAUCAGCUCACACCAAUGCCAGGAUGGGAGGACUUGCCUGCGUACCCUCCCCAAAACACCCCGGUCCGCAGUGGCAUCAUCAGGGAGCAGUUCAAACGUGUGUCCUUUGGGCUUUGUGUAAAGCAAGAGCAGAACAAGAAAAAUCAUGUUCAAUCCAUUAGAAAACAAAUUACUUCUUGUACGAUAGUAUGAAGAUCUCUAGUCAACCUGCCAUUAAUAAUAGAUUCUUAUUUUUUGAAUGAUCUAUUUAAAAGAACAGCAAGCAUUGUAUUUGCUAGUAAAUCUGAAGUGUUUACAUGGAAUUACUAAAUAAAUUAUUUGAUCUAA